AUGUCUUACUCUAUUUCGCUGUUUGUUUCGUUGUUGAUGUUUUUACCAACUAAUAUCAACAGCGUUGCUGUUCUCCCGGGAAUUCUGGUUCGUGCUGCUUCAGACUUCAAGGCCAGAGAAUAUACUGCAGUGCCAUGCACAGCCAGCAAGUUGACCAGUUGCCAAGCGUGUGAUACCAUCCGGGUUUGCCUAGGAGGACUAUUCAACAGCCUAAAUCUCUCGCGGAAGUGUUCCUCGGCGACGCCGUAUUGUAACCAAAACGGGGACGAAAGUGCAACCUGCGGAUCGACUCCAGAUGAACAGUGUAGAACGGAGGGAUCUUUGGUCGAGGAGUUUACUUGUAUGGGUACCGGAUACUUUCCGGAUCCGGAAUCGUGCGAAAACUAUUACUACUGUGAGCGCGAAGGAGGGCUUGCCGAUCAGUAUCAAUGUCCCAAGGGGUAUCGUUACAAUAGCAAAAGUACUAUGUGCCAAAGAUUUCUUUUGAAUCGGUGUCAAUCGGCGAAGUGUGAUUCAGGUAGCCAGAAAGUGUUUGUUCCUUAUCCACAGGAUAAUUCUUAUUAUGUGUUUUGUCAGUUCGAUUAUGGCCAACCGGAUCCCACGUUGGUAAAAACCUACAUGUUAUCGUGUGGUAAAGGAUCAAAAUUCAAUUACCAACGGCAGAUGUGCGAGUAUCAAUGCAGAAGAGUCGGAAUGUUCGCGAAUACAGCCAAUCCUAGGCAGUACUUUUUGUGUAGUCGAACAGGUUUCCGAUGGGAGUUAAAAGUUUUGAACUGCAGAGAAGGAUAUCUUUUUGAUGAAUCCUUGAGAAGAUGCAAUCGAGACCCAUUGGCUACGAGUACAACAACUCCUCUCCCAACGACGUCUGGAACAACAACCAGUACCUCUACUGUAGUCACAGCAAGCACCACCAAUGAUCCUUGCACAACAUCUGAGUCUACCACCACCACUUCCCCUGCAACAAUAGAAACUACCACAGUUAAUCCGUCAACCACUGGCGAAACUACAACUACAAUGAGCCCUACAACUGCUGAAACUUCUGCUUCAAUUCAAACUACAUCAACCGUCACCACGGCCAAAUCAACGACUACUUUACAGAGCUCAACAGCACCUCAAUCAACAACUGUUGGAAGCACUACUGUUGUGCCUACGAAGACUCUAGAGAUCACCACCACAGAGGUUUAUACAACCGGACAUGUUUCCACUCUUGAAACAUCUACUUUAACUGAUACAAUUAUUACAGGUACCAAUCCAGUAGUCACCACGAUCAAAUCUACAACAAUUUUGGAAGCAUCCACUACAGAACCUCCAUCAACAACAAUUGACAGUACUACCCUUGAGUCAAUCAGGACUCCAGAGACCACCACUACACAGGCUGGUACAACCGAAGCAGUUUCCACUGUUGAACCACUAACAACAAUCGUCACCACGGGUAAAUCUACGACAACAUCAGAAACUGCAGAACCGCAAUCAACAGCAGUUGGAAGCACUACUUAUAAGCCUACAAUGAGUCCAGAGAUCAUCACUACAGAAGUUCAUACAACCGAAGAAGUCUCCACUGUUGAACCAUCUACCACAACCAUCACUACGGUCAAAUCUACCACAACUUUAGAAGCCUCAACUGUAGUAUCUCAAUCCCCAACAGUUGAAAGUACUACUGUUGAGACUACAAAGACUCCAGAGAUCACAACUACAGAGGUUGGUACUACCGAAGAAGCCUCCACUGUUGAACCAUUUACGACAAUCGUCCCAACGACCAAACCUACAACAACUUCAGAAACUUCAACUGCAAAACCUCAAUCUACAACAUUUGGACGUACUACUGUUGAGCCUACGAAAACUCCAGAUAUCACCACAACAGAGAUUCGAACAACUGAUGAAGUCUCCGCUAUUCAACCAUCUGAUUCAACUGAUACUACUACAACCGUCACAACGGUCAAAUCUACAACAAUUUUAGACACUUCUACGGCAGAACCACAAUCCACAGCAGUUGCAAGUACUGCUGUUGUGCCUACGAAGACCCUAGAGAUCACCUCUACAGAGGUUCGUACAACCAUAGAUGCGUCCACUGUUGAACCACCUAGUCCAACUGAUGCUACUACAUCCGUCACAUCGGUCAAACCUACCAUAUCUUUAGACACCUCUACUGCAAACCCUCAAUUCAUUACAGUUGGAAGCACUACUGUUGAGCCUACGAAGACUCCAGAGAUCACCACAACAGAGAUUCGAACAACCGAAGAAGUCUCUACUGCUGAAUCACCCAUCACUGCAACCGUCAAAUCUACAACAGCUUUAGAAACCACAACUGCAAAACCUCAAUCAAUAACAGUUGGAAGCACUACUGUUGAGCCACCGACAACUCCAGAGAUCACUACUACAGAGAAACCUCAACUGCUGAACCUCAAUCAACAACAGUUGGAAGCACAACGAAGACUUCAGAGAACACCACAACAGAGAAUCGUACUACCGAUGAAGCUUCCACUAUUGAACCAUCUGCUUCUACUGAUACUACUUCAAUAA